GUAUUGUUUCCAUUAAAGUUGUUUUUCCAGUGACACCUCAGGUGCCUAAGAAACUCUCCAUCAUGAAAACUGUUGUGACUGUACCUAGCAGUCAUGCUGCAGCAGGUCUGGAAGGGAGGAAUAACAGGAGAGCUGAAAUGGAAGAGAAACAGAAAUGUCAGGAGCAAUUGCUUUCGGUCCAGGAGGUUGGGUGUAGCAUUGCAGAAAGUGGUGACAUGAAGGUCUGUGAAAAUACCAAUUGCAUCUGGAAAGGAUGCCAAGGGGGGACCCAGAAUGAGUUCAGAGCUGUUACCAUCAUGAAGCCUUCCAUACCGUUGGAGCCAGACGUGAGGCUUCAUAUUACUGGCUUGCGCAAUGAUUACUAUCUAAACAUACUGGACUGGAGCCUUGAAAAUCUCAUUGCUAUUGCUGUAGGACCUGCUGCACACAUCUGGAAUGGAGGAACUCUUCAAGCCGUUGAAAGCAUUGAUUUGAAUUCCAGUUCCAAAUACAUUUCAUCUCUGGCUUGGAUAAAAGAAGGAACUUGCCUUGCAAUUGGCACCAGUGAUGGAGAAGUGCAACUGUGGGACAUUGAAACCAAAAAGAGGUUAAGAAAUAUGUUUGGUCACCUGUCUGUAGUUGGAGCUCUGAGCUGGAAUCAUUAUAUUCUGAGCAGUGGUUCACGACUAGGAUCUAUUCAUCACCAUGAUGUUCGGGUUGCUCAGCACCAUGUUGGGACUCUUUGCCAAAACAAAGAAAGUAUUUGCAGCCUGAAAUGGUCACUAACCAACCAGUUGCUGGCAAGUGGGUCUAGUGAUGGUGUAUUGAAUAUCUGGGCUACUGACCCUGGUGUGAAAUUGCAGUCACAGCCACUGAAAACCAUACCUCAUUCCUCAGCAGUUAAGGCUAUGAACUGGUGUCCUUGGCAGUCCAAAGUCCUUGCUACAGGGGGUGGAAUGAAAGAUGGGAUUUUGCGUGUCUGGGACAUAAAUCGUGAGAAAAUCAUCCAAAGUGCAGCUACAGAUUCUCAGAUUUGUUCCUUGCUCUGGUUACCCAAAACCAGUGAAUUGAUGACUGGACAAGGCCUUCCUGGAAAUCAGAUGAAAAUAUGGAAGUAUCCCAUGCUUACCAAUUCAUCAGAACUCUAUGGUCAUAAAGGGAGAGUCCUGCAUAUAGCCCUGAGCCCAGAUGAGAGCAGGCUCUUUUCUGUUGCGGCCGAUGGGAUAGCUUGUCUGUGGAAAUGCCAUGAGUCUGGGGAGAGCAAGCACAGCAGCAAGGCUUUUUCUAAUGGUUAUUUGAGCUCAUUCUUGUGACUUCUUUUCCUUGAAAGCAAGUGAUUAGAUGUAUUUAGCCCAUUCAAUAAUUCAAAAUAUGUGUGUUCCUUCCAAUGGAAACAUGGCAAAAGAUAGUACAAUUUUUUCAAGAGAAAGCAAUUUUCCACAUCAGUCCAUCAUGUGAAAUGUUAGUAGCUUGUCUUUCUUACU